AUGCCCGGCCGACCGACCGCAACCUCGCCCCACCCAGAAAUGGAGGGAAUUGCAGUCAUCGGAAUCGGGUGUCGCUUUUCUGGGGGUGCAACUUCUCCUGAGGAUUUCUGGCAGAUGCUAUGUGAGGGACGUACUGGACACGGAAAGAUUCCUCCAAGCCGAUAUGAAGCUUCUGCCUGGCAUCAUCCUAGUCAUGAUCGCAAAGGCGCGGAUGAUAAGAUCAACCAUGACAGUGGAUUCUUCUUGGAAGAAGAUCCUUCCCGCUUUGAUGCACCAUUUUUCUCUAUUACUGCAAAGGAGGCAGCAGGAAUGGACCCAGCACAGCGUUUGCUGCUAGAGGUUGCAUAUGAAACGUUUGAAAAUGGUGGUAUUCCAAUCGACUCACUUCCAGGUAGUAACACAGCCGUGUACUCCGGGUCGAUGACCAAUGAUUAUGAGCUAUUAUCGACCAGAGAUAUCUAUGAUAUGCCUCAUAACUCAGCAACUGGAAAUGGAAGGACCAUGCUAGCAAAUCGUUUGUCAUGGUUCUUCGAUCUCCAGGGCCCCAGUAUCAUGAUGGACACUGCGUGUUCCUCAAGUUUGACUGCAGUGCAUCUUGCAGCUCAAUCCCUGCGUUCUGGCGAGUGCGGAAUGGCACUUGUCACUGGAGCCAGCUUAAUCUUGCACCCUAAUUUCACACAAAGGCUGUCCUACAUGCAUAUGAUGAGUGCAGAUGGAACAAGUCACUCAUUUGAUGAGUCGGCAAAUGGGUACGGCCGAGGAGAAGGCAUUGGUGCAGUCCUUCUAAAGCCUCUCAGCGCUGCUUUGGCCGAUGGAGACAAUAUUCGAGCCGUUAUCCGCGGCACGGGCAUCAACCAGGAUGGUCGCACUCCUGGAAUCACCUUGCCAAGUCCCACAUCACAAGCAAACUUGAUUCGCUCGACAUAUGAGCGACACGGAAUUUCAAUGAGAGACACUGCAUACUUCGAAGCACAUGGAACUGGAACGCCAGUCGGAGAUCCUAUAGAGCUGUCUGCCGUUGGAAUGACCUUAGGUGAGGCACGUCUAGCCACCGAUGAGCCGAUAUAUGUAGGCUCCGUGAAAACAAACCUCGGUCAUACCGAAGGAGCUGCAGGUGUGGCUAGUUUGAUCAAGGUCAUUCUCUGUCUGGAAAAGGCCACAUUAGUACCAAAUGCUGGCUUUAAGAAUAUUAACCCCAAGAUUCGCCUGGACGAUUGGCGGUUGCGCUUGAGCAACAAAACGAUACCCUGGCCAGAUCAUCUGCCACAACGAGCCAGCAUCAACUCAUUUGGAUUUGGUGGAUCCAAUGCUCAUAUAAUCAUUGAGAGCACCAAAGAAGCCUUGAGAGGAAACGAUGAAGAUAGGGAACCUCCUUCGCGUGUUGUGGUCUUUUCUACCUUUGACCAAGCUGGUAUUGAACGACUGGGUCAAAGUUGGAGUACCUUCCUUCAACGUCAGCGAAAAGCAGAGAAAGAAAUCUCGAUCAAAGAUCUUGCCCAUACGAUGCUGAAUCGCCGGUCUCAAUUGGGAUUCCGCAGCUUCGCAGUUGCCAAUACGGGCGAUCAACUUGGGGAGAUCCUGGAGAAGGGACUGCCUAAGUUUGCUCGAGCUAGUCGCCAAGUCCACACACGGAUCGCCUUUGUUUUCACUGGUCAGGGUGGACAGUGGGCCGGUAUGGGCAGGGAACUUCUGAGGAUGGCAGUUUUCAGAGAAAGCAUGGCGCAUUCGCAACAGAUCCUCUCUGCCAUGGGAUGUGCCUUUGAUAUUGUUGAGGAAAUCCGUCUUGACGCAAAGGAAAGCAAUAUUAAUCGACCUGAUCGCAGCCAACCUAUAACGUGUGCCUUGCAAAUCGCUUUGGUUGAUCUUUUGGCUAGCUGGUCUGUCCAUCCUAAUGCGGUCGUUGGUCAUUCCAGUGGUGAAAUUGCUGCCGCCUAUGCUGCUGGGUAUCUUUCUCAUGCAGAUGCUUUGCGAGUGGCAUGGUUCCGCGGUUUCUUCUCGCAGCAGAUUGCGGAGAGUGACAAGCGUGGAGGUAUGCUCGCUACUGGAAUCUCGGCGGAGGAUGCAAAGAAGUAUCUUGAUGAGCUUCCACCGAGAUCGGUCGUUGUGGCUUGCGUUAAUAGUCCGUCGAGUACAACACUUUCAGGUGACGUAGAUCUGAUUGAUCAGCUCGAAAUUAGGCUACAGAAAGACGGCCACUUCGCUCGAAAGCUCCGCAUUGAUACCGCCUAUCACUCCCCUCAUAUGGAAGAGCUAGUCGAGGUGGUCGGAAACGCCAUAGAGUGCAUCAAUCCGGAAGAUCGCCAUCACGAUUCGAUUCCUAUGCUUUCAUCUGUCACAAAAGAGCGUGUUUACUCUGCCGAGCUUGGUGGAUCUUACUGGGUACGAAAUAUGGUCAGCUCAGUUGAGUUUACCGCCGCAAUGUCGCAACUCGCAACUCUAAGUGAAUCUACCAAGGCUCGUCGUCGACCUGUUCCUAUUAAAUGGACAUCGCUCGUUGAGAUUGGCCCUCACGCAGUGCUGAAAGGACCAGUCACUCAGAUAUUGAAAGCUGUCAACACUAGCAUGGCAACUCUGCCGUAUCACUCCUUGGUGGCGCGUAACCAACACGCUUUGAAAACCGCGCUUGAAACUGCAGGGUCUCUUUGGAGUACGGGACAUGGUGUUGACCUUGCAGCGGUCAAUAGUAGUGUCGAUGGCACGACUCCAUCGGUGGUUUCUGAUCUGCCUUCUUAUCCCUGGAAUCACCAAACAUCAUUUUGGCAUGAGCCGCUGGAGACAGCUCAGCUCAGACAGCGCAAGCAUCCACGCCAUGACAUUCUGGGUUCUCCUCUAGACUACCAAAAUGCCUUGGAACCUCGGUGGAGAAAUUUCCUCCGUCUGCCAGAAAAUCCUUGGAUGGCUGAUCAUGUUGUGGCUGGAUCAAUCGUUUUCCCAGCUGCGGGUAUGCUUGUGAUGGCUAUUGAGGCGGCCCGGCAGCUCGCCGGUGAUCAGGACAAGGUGAAAGGAAUUGAGUUCCAGGAUGUUCGAUUUAUGCGUGGAGUUGUAAUUCCCGAGGAGGACCGGGGCCUGGAAACAGUUCUUCAGGUCUCCCCACAUCCCGGGAUCCCCGGAUGGUAUCAGUUUGGUAUCUUCUCUCUUCCUUCCGGGGGAUCCUGGAUUCAGCACGCAAAGGGUGCAUUCACCAUGCAGUAUGAGAACCGAGAAGAUGACGAGCUUACCGCGAACUGGGACGCAGCCGUGGACCGUAUCAAAAAUACUCAGUCAACUGCACAAAAGGCUGAUAUUGGGGAGACAUAUCAAUGGCUGUCUCAUACGGGAGGACUGACAGUUGGACCAGCUUUCAAAACCAUCACAGAUGUAUCUUUCUGUGAAUCAGAGCCCCGUUUAUGGCUUUCUGGUGUUGUCACAGACACGAAGCAAGCAAUGCCUCACGAAAUUGAGACGCCCAGUUUUAUUCACCCCACAACUCUUGAUUGUCUCUUCCAGUCUGCCCUUCUGUCUUGUUCCGAGGCUCUGUCAAGCAAAAACGCCAACAUCCCCGUUGGUGUGGACCAUAUCUAUAUUGCCGAUGCCUUCCAGCCAAAAUCUGGUGAUCAAUUUGCUGUUCACACUGAAAGUCAGUGGCGAGAUGGCAAGUCCCUAUCGAGAUGUAUUGCGUCGGAUCCCUCCUGGACAAGGCCCUGGAUCACAUUCGAAGGUGUUCACUUGGGACGCCUUCCAUUCAAUCCCAAUUCGCAAAAGAAGGAGGAAACAACUUCUGAUAGCAGAUACUCCUCUAUUAUUUGGGACGAACACUUGGAGUCCUCAAUUGUUACUGGCCAGAACCCCUCUGACGGCAGCAAAGGCGCGGUUGUUGAAACUAGCGACUUGCAGCUGGGAGACUGGAUCAAGCGUAUUUGUCAUACAAAUGGAGAUGCUCAGGCUUUGAUAGCCACCUCAAACACAAAUUACUCCUGGGUUGAAGACCUAGAGAUGGCACCUGGUGCCGGAAAGCGACCAUGUUUAGGAAAGCUCACCGUCGCUUUGUGUAGUUCCAAGGACGAAGAGAAGAGUGAUUCCCAGAAGAACCUCGUGGGAACCCAAAUCGUGACCCUGAAUGCACUUGGUGAACUUCCGUCUUCUUCUCUUGCAGAGCAGUUGUUUGACCUUGUCGUCAUUGACGAUGUCAGUUUAUGGGAUGGUAAAUCACCACAAGCAAUUGUUUCGCUUCUUCCCACCAUUCUUGGGCCUGGUGGCUUCGCGGCAAUGCGCAUCUCGGAUGAAAAUAUCGCAUCUGCAGUAGAUACCUUGCAGAAAUUCAAUGGUCUUGACAUUCACAGCAUGACCGAGGAUCGCAACUUUAUCAUUACUCGCAAGAAGCCGGUCCAAUGGACCACAGAUUCCGAGAUCUAUAUUUUGAGUCCAACAGACAAGUCCAACUCGUUCCCUGUCUUCGACCACCUUGAGAAGAUCUUUGCCACCCAUAACGUUCACCUGGUCUCAGUUGGAUUAGACCAGGUAUCAGCACUGGAAAACAAGACUGUGAUCUCAUUGCUCGAUUUGGCGGGUCCUUGGGUAUCUGAAUGGACAGCUGAUGAUCUCAAACAUCUUCAACAGUUAGUCCGUGCAAAAUACGUUCUUUGGAUCUCCCCAUUCUGGGCCCAAGGAGGUGUCGAAAACGUCGGAUCAGGUGCCACCGGGGGUCUUCUGCGUACUCUUCGUAACGAGCAUUGGAAUACUAGUAUCCCACAGUUGCUCGUCGAUGCCGAAGACUUACAGGAUCAAUUUGGACUAGCCUGUGGGAUUCUGCAGGUUAUGCAGCUCACGACACAGGAAGGUUCCCGCCGUCAUGACCUGGAGUACCGUCUGUCGAAUGGCCGUCUUUUGAUUCCUCGUGUCCUCGAAACCCCUGCAGUCGAUGAGGCUAUGCAAACACUGGUCAAUGGUCCCAAGCCGGUUUUAGCAGAUCUCACGCAAGACCCGAGACCCCUUGCGCUGAACAUCGAGGACACUAACCGUGCUCACUGGGUAGAGGAGAAACUUUGCGAAGGAGAACUCCCACCAGACCAUGUCGAGCUCAAGGUGGAGAUGGCCUCGGUCUUUGACCUCAACGGAGAGCUAGGCAAGAGCCCCGAAACUGUCCUCCCAAUGACUGAAGUCUCCGGAAAGAUCACCCGGAUUGGAUCAGAAGUGAACGAUCUCAACAUUGGUGACAAGGUUUUGACGCUAUUCUCUGCAAAGUCGGGACUUUCUACCUCUCUUCGCGUGCCGGAGAGUGACACUAUCAGGAUACCGGCAAACACGAGUCCUGCACAGGCAAUCUCAACUCCUCUUGCGUAUCUCAAUGCCUAUCAGAUCCUCACCGAAGUCGGUCGCCUGCGCGCGAAUUCAUCUGUUCUCUUGGUUGGAUCAAUCAGCCAGACUCUUCGAGCUAUGAUUGAUUAUGCUCUCGCAAUGGACAUGCAUGUUAUCGUGGCUACUGAUUCUCAGGAUACUUCUGAUCUUCUCUCCACACGCUACCCAGAUCUACACGAUCGUAUCCUUGGUAUCCACGGCAGUCUGGAAGCAAGUGUAUCGAGAUUAACCAAUGGAAGUGGAGUUGACACCGCCAUUGGUUUCCUGGGUGGAUAUUCGGGUCGCGUUGCGGCUAGAUGCUUGGUUCAAGGCGGCCAGUACAUCAACUUGUCCAGCGAUAUGAAGUUGAGUGCUUUGCCUGAGAGCUUCAUUGACAGUGGUUGCACUUUCUCUUCCCCAAAACUGCAAAGAACAUUCUCGGAAAAGCCUGGUAGCCUCCAUGCCUCGGUUCGUCAUGUCAUUGACUUCAUGAAAAAGCACAGAAUGCUGGAGCGCGUGGAACCCUAUGCUACAUUCCCUGUCGCCGAGGUACAGGCAGCUCUGAGGUAUUGCAAGGAGACUGAUACCCGAGCUAUAGUGAACCUUCAGGCUCCGGGUCAAGUUCCAAUCGUGCUUCCGCUCCCAGAGCUUGCUACUUUGCCUGUAGAUCAGACUUACAUCCUAGCCGGUGGACUAGGAAACCUUGGCCUUGCGCUUGCUGAAACUUUGGUACAGUCUGGAGCCCGCCAUUUGGUUUUCCUGGGCCGAUCGGGCGGUGUUCAGCAUGAUCAGAAGCUCACGCUUGAUUUGCUCCGUGACCGCGGAUGCAUCAUUGACGUCGUACGCUGUGAUAUCUCUCGCCAGGGAGAUAUUGAUCAUCUUGAAUCCAAGAUUCGAAACAAGAAGUGGACGGUCGGAGGUGUAAUUCAAUGCACGACGGUUCUUAAGGACACAAUGUUUGAGAAGAUGUCGUUUGAUGAUUGGACCCAAUCAACCGAGUCCAAAAUUCGUGGGACAUUGAACUUGCACCACCUUUUCUCCAAGCAAGAAAGCUUGAACUUUUUCGUGGCUCUAUCCUCCGUGGCGAGUAUCAUUGGAAACAUGGGUCAAGCUAAUUACUCUGCUGGAAACGGUUUCAUUGAUGCGCUCAUGGAAUGGCGUCGAGGCAAUGGCUUGCCCGGUCACUCCAUCAACAUUGGUCUUGUCCCCGAUGCCAGUGGACUGAGUGAUAUCAACGAAGAUCAAGAGCAGCGCCGACGCCGCUACAAGCAUCUUGAAGGUACAGAGAUCAUGACCCAUGAGCUUCAGACCUUGCUGCGCGUGAUCAUCAACAGCAAGCUUUCUUUGCCUUCCCAGAUUGUAGCUGGUAUGACCGACUCCCUGUCACGCAAGAAUGCGCCCUCUGCAUGGCUUUUCGACCGCAAGUUUGAUCACCGACUGGCUCUUGCUGUUGAACAAACCGAGACCACAGAAAUCCUCACUAGUACUUUGCUGAAGGAGUCUGGCUCUGUUGAUGCAGCAACCCAGAUUGUUGUCGACGCUCUUUCCGAGUAUCUGGCCCAUGCGAUGGCUACAACAGCUGAUUCUAUCGAUCCGGAUCUACCAUUGUCUGCCUUGGGUGUGGAUUCCCUCAAAGCCACAGAUGUACAGAAUUGGGUUUCGCGCGAACUCGGGGCCGAAUUGACCUCUUUCGAGUUCCUCGGAUCCCAACCGACCAAAGCAUUGGCGAGGAAGAUUGCCUCAGCCAGCACCUUCGUCUCGGAAUCGAGCUGA